AUGGCACCCGAUAAGAAAUGGAUGGAUCUUAUUAAUAAUCGACUUGGUGAAGCAUAUGGACAGGGGAUUGAAAAUUUUUUAGAUUAUGCUUUUGAAAGAACAAGAGCAAAAAAUGAAAUUCGAUGCCCAUGUGUUAAAUGUGAAAAUGCACAUUUUGGGUCUAGGGAAUCUGUUAAAAUGCAUUUGAUUGUUUAUGGAAUACUUCAAAAUUAUAGAUUUUGGUAUCAUCAUGGAGAAAAGCCAGAGGAUGAUUUGGAACUACACAAUUCGGAAACUGAAGUAGAUGAUAAUGAUUACUUCAUGGCAGAUCUUCUAAGAGGUUUACAUCCACAUUAUGAUGAUUCAAACCAUGCUAAUAUUAGUGAGGAACCAAAUGAUGAAGCUAAAUUUUUUUAUAAAUUAUUAAAUGAUUCAAAAGAACCUUUGUACCAAGGAUCAAGGGUUUCAAAAUUGUCAGCAUUAAUAAAGUUACUUCAUCUCAAAAAUGUUGGGCAAUGGACAAAUAAAUCAUUUAGCAUGUUGUUGCAAUUGUUGAAGGAAGAAAUAUUACCAGAAAAUUCUGAUCUUCCAGAUUCAUAUUUUGAUGCUAAAAAGUUUAUUAGAGAUAUCGGCCUUUCUUAUGAAAAGAUUGAUGCAUGUAAAAAUAAUUGUAUGUUAUUUUGGAAAGACCAUAAGAACUUGGAUUUUUGUGAAGUGUGUGGAAUAUCUAGAUGGAAGGAGGAAAGGCAUAGUGGGGGAACUCAAUUCAAAGCUAAUGGAAAGAAAAUUCCAAAGAAGAUAUUACGUUAUUUCCCACUAAAACCAAGGCUGCAAAGGUUAUUUAUGUGUUCAAAAACUGCCCCUUACAUGAGAUGGCACAAUGAUGCAAGGAUUGAUGAUGAAAUUUUAAGGCAUCCAGCUGAUUCUAUGACAUGGAAAUCAUUUGAUGAAAGAUAUAAAGAUUUCUCCUCAGAGACUCGCAAUGUAAGACUUGGUCUCGCAAGUGAUGGGUUUCAACCAUUUGCAAAUGCAAAAACAACAUAUAGCAUUUGGCCUGUGAUCCUUAUUCCUUAUAAUUUACCACCAUCGAUGUGUAUGAACUUGUCUAACUUCAUUUUAUCCAUGUUAAUUCCUAGUCCAGAGAGUAGUGGAGAUGCAAUUGAUAUCUAUUUGCAAUCGUUGAUCGAUGAAUUGAUUGAGUUGUGGCACACUGGAGUAGAAACUUUUGAUACAUCAACUUCUCAAAAUUUUACUUUACGUGCUGCUUUGUUGUGGACAAUUAAUGACUUCCCAGCAUACGCAAAUUUAUCUGGAUGGAGUACAAAAGGAAAGUUAGCAUGUCCUUGUUGUAAUAAGGAUACUUGCUCAAUGAGAUUGACAAAUGGUGGCAAAGAGUGUUAUAUGGGCCAUCGACGUUAUCUCCCAUUGAACCACAAAUGGCGCAAGGAUAAGAAUUCCUUUGAUGGUACAGUUGAAAUGAGAUUGCCGCCUAAAUCAUUUUCUGGAAAAGAUAUUUUAAGUCAAGUCCAGGAUUUGGAAGGCAUAAUCUUAAGUAAGGAUACUACUAGAAAGACAAAAAUAUCUCAUGACAAACGAGGUGAUAAUUGGAAUAAGAAGAGUAUAUUCUUUAAGCUACCAUAUUGGGAAACAUUGUUAUUAAGGCAUAAUUUGGAUGUGAUGCAUAUUGAGAAAAAUAUAUGUGACAGUGUUCUUGGAACAAUUAUGAAUAUUAAAGGCAAGACUAAAGAUAACCAUAAAACACGUCUUUAUUUACAACUCUUGAAUAUAAGGCCUGAAUUGCAUCCUGUUGCAAUAGGAGAUGAUCUUGAGUUUCCCACUGCACCUUACACAUUGUCCUCUAAUUGUAUAAAUGUUAGGGAGAACAAGAUUUCAGGUUUAAAGAGUCAUGAUUGUCACAUCUUACUAGAAUAUCUUAUUCCUCUUGCAACACGUGGAUUACUUUCAGAAUCAGUGUAUGAAGCUCUUGUUGAGCUAUCAAUGUUCUUCUCUAGUUUGUGUUCCAAAUCACUAAAGAUGGAAGACUUGAAACAACUUGAAAGACAAAUUCCUAUCACACUUUCAAUGGAAGCUAUGCUUGGGGGACCUUAUCAAUAUCGAUGGAUGUAUCCAAUAGAACAAAAGUUGAGUACUUUUAAAUCAUAUAUUCGAAAUAAAACUCAUCCAGAGGCAUCAAUUGCUGAGGGUUAUAUCGCAAAUGAGUGUAUCAGUUUAUGCUCAAGAUAUUUCGACACAUCUGAUUGUGGAUGUAUGGAAAGUACUGAUGGUUUAUCCAUAUUUUCAUCCAUUGAAGAGUUAUCAACAGGAAUAGCAUGCAAUUUGGAUCGUGUAGACCAAGAGCGAGCUCACAUCUACAUAUUAAAGAAUUGUGAAGAAGUUCAAUCAUUUUACAAUGACUACUUGCAAAUCCGUGCUUCUAGUGAUUUGGUUUUGUCCGAUGAGGAAUGUGACAAACAAUUUAUUAACUGGUUCAGAGUUAGAAUUUCAAAAUCUUUUAACUUAUUGAAGGAUGAGAUUUGUGAGGUUGUUCGAGAAGAUUCUUCCUUGUCAAAUAUUCAACUUGUUGAGAAAUGUUUUGGACCUCAACGACAUGAUCAUGUUUUUGGCCAUGGAGGAGGAGUGAGGCCUAAAGAUGUGAGAGGACCUAUUGCGUCAAAGCAAGCACUUCAUCACGAGAAUGUCACACUACGUGAGAAAAUGAAUAAUAUGGAAUCUGAAUUUAAAACUUUUAAGGAGUUGAUGCUGAAGAAUUUACCACCUAAUGUGCAAGUGACUGCAUCGGCUUCAAAUACUAUUGAAGGUUGA